GCUCUCAGUUUCGCGUCGCCGGGUGAUUUUGCCGUGGGAUCCGCGAGCGCGCCUUAUGAGGAACCCACGCCAUAACACCGCCCUAAGCACACAGCAGUAUAUAUACAGUUCCGCCUGCAAUUCAACCUGUUACCCAUCUCAGGUCAACCAGGUUCGGUCUAUCCAACGAGUUUUGAAGAAGCGGGAGCGUCGUUUCUCGCCGUCUCGCGGGCAGGAGGGCGUGAGAAGAGGCCUGCAUCUUUGACGAGGCCGAGCAAGCUCAACGGGAGCUCCCUGGCAGCAAAUAACUAGCCAGGCGCCACUCCUGCCCGCGCACGGUCCGCGCUUGGAGCAAUGGAGCGGCCGGGGGCGUCAGGCGAUGCACCUGCUGUAUAAUGCCGCCGGGUUCGCGUUGGAAAGCGUGGUGUAGGGGCCAUUAGAUGCUAGGUCCACUCGCAUUUGACGCGCACAACGCGGUCGCUGAGAAGGUUCUGGUUGGCGCGCUCGCCGAGUACAAGACCGAGCCGGGCAUCAGGUCCACGGUCGUUUUACUGAAGCUGCUGGUGACCAAUGCCGCCGCGGGGGCAAUUAUUGGCCGCGCUGGCACGAACCGCGACCAACUUUCAGCCAUAUCCGGCGGGUGCCGAAUCCAGCUUUCCCGGCCACUCGAGUGGUAUCCUGGGACCAACGAACGCGUGCUUGUUCUGACUGGGACGCUUGCAGCGUGCCUGACGACGUUAUGGGCUAUUGCUGUGGGCCUCGGCGUCCCUGAACCCGACCACAGCCUGGAGUCGGUUUUCAUGGGCGUGGUGUCGCAAUGGAAGCUCGUUCUACCCUCGGUGGUAUGCGGCUUCAUCCUGGGUCCCGGCGGACAAACCGUCCGCGCCAUUACCCAGGAGGCGGACGCAAGCAUCAGCAUCUCCGCGGAGCCGCUGCAGGAGAGCGGGCUGCCUCGCGAGCGCAUCGCCACGAUAUCUGGCGGCCUGACGCAGACUGUGCGCGCCGUGGGUCUGAUCGUGGACAAGCUCCUGCGGCGUCCGGCAUUUGAGGACGCGCUGGGCGUCUGCGAGGGCGUGUUCCCCUGCACCAGCAUGGCCGCCAACGCCCGGACCGGAUUCCUGCGGCACCCGCCAGGCGGCAGCGGCAGCGGCGGCAACAGCGCGGCCCUGCCAUCGCCAGCAGCGCAGCAAUUGCUGGCCCUCUCGCAGCAGCAGGAACAGCUGCAGCAGGCCCAAGCGGCAGCGGAGCAGCAGCAGCAGCAGCAGCAGCAGCAGCAGCAGCAGCAGCAGCAGCAGCAGCAGGAACAGCAACAGUCGUUCCUGCUUCAGUUCUCUGACUUACGCAUCGGUACCCAGCACCAACAGCAACCGCACGCAUCUUGGGCAGGCGCUGUCACUUCUGCUGCAGCAAUGGCGCCGGCGUGGGCACCGGCGGCGGCAGGCGGCGGCGUGGGAGGUGCCGCAGCAGCGGGGUUUCAGCCGCAGUACUCAUCAUCAGCAUUCCAGCAGCAGCCCCAACUGCUGCUGAUGGGAGCGUCAGGAGCAGAACCUGCCAGUGGUAGUGGCAGGGGUGCGGGGGGCAUUCAAAUGCAGCACCAGCAGAUGCUGCCGGCUUUUCUGGCCCAGCACCAGCAGCAGCCAUGGCAACCGGCAGCAAGGGGCGGCAGGCGGGGCCGUGGAGCACUGCAAGGCCGGCACGGCGGCAGUGCGCACUCGCACCACCACCAUCACCAACAGCAGCAGGAGCAGCAGCGGUAUUACGCUUUCCAUGCAACACAAGUGCAGCACCAGCAGCAGCAGGAGCAGCAACAGGCGUUGCAGCAGCAGCUGUUACAACAACAGGUGCAACAACAGCUACCGGGUGGAGGACACGCCCGCGGCGGGGCGGGCGACGGACCAGCGGCUGUAGCAGCAGGUGGUGCGGUGGCGGGGCGGGUGGCGGCUGCCUCCCUGCCUGUGUCGUCGCUCAUGUUGCUGCAACAGCCGCAGAUGCCCCAUGCCCAGCACCCCUGGCAACAGCAGCAGCAGCAGCAACAGCAAUCGGGGGCCGUGAUGGCGGUGGGAGGCAUUGCAGGCGCUGCAACAGGUGCGGCACCAACAGGUGCAACGGCGUUUGCAGCAGGUUCUGGCACAGCGACUGUUGCGGCUCCGCAGAACACGACACAGCAGUUUCUGCAGCAACAACAGCCGCCGCAGCAACAGCAGCUGUUUCUGCUGCAACGACAGCUGCUGCAGCAGCAACAGCAGCUGUCAAUGUCGCAGGUGCUGCAGCGGCAGCAGCAGUUGGCAGCUGCGAUCGCCGCCGCUUCCGCAACUGCGCCGCAGCCGGCGGUGGCAGCAACACGACCCCAUUACAGCCUCGUGCCAGCCGCCACGCUGCCGGUAACAGCGGCGGCAGCUGCAGCCUCAGCAGCCCCGGCGGGGCCGCCGCCAGCAGCAGCAGCUGCAGCCGCCGUGGGGGCUUCCUACGUUGCGGCUCCUGCAAGUGCCGCAGCAGCAGGCGCUACUGCUGCUGCUGCUGCUGCUACUGCUGCUGCUGCUGCUGCCGCCGCGGUGCCCCUCUAUUACGUCCCUGUCCACCCGCUCACGGCACCCAUGGUGCUCACGGCGGCGCCGCCCCCGACUAUGCUGCCCGCCGCUGCGUUCGGCGCGCCCGCUCCUGCUGUCGCACCCGUUGGCGGCGGCACCAUGGCUACAUUCGGCGCGCCCGCUCCUGCUGUCGCGGCGGCCGGCGGCGUCAUGCCCAGCAGCGGGAUAAUGGCUGCAACCUUGGCGCCCGCAGGCCCUGCCAGCAGCGGCGGCAUGCAAGCUGCGGCGGUGGCGACAACGGCAGCAGGAGGUGCGCUGCAAACCACCGCGGUGCCUGCUGUUGCUGCGGCUAGUGGCGGCAGUAGCACGUCGGCGCCACCGCCGCCGCCGUUCUUCCCCUCUGGCGGCGGCGACCGCGGCAAUGGCAGUAGCAGCCUUGCAACGGACGCAGCCUUCACGCCUGCAGCCAGCAGUGCCUGGGGUGGCAGCAGUAGCUACAGGCGCGCGAGCGGACACACGGGCUCGGGAGCGGCGGCGGGCUCGGGGGCUGCUGCCGCUGUUGCUGGCAUCAUCAUGAGUGGUACCGGCGCCGCUGCCGCUGAGUCUGCAAAUGCGGCCGCAGCAGCCUUCGCGUCUCGCAGCGACACACGGUCUGCACCCGCAUCCGCAUCCGCAUCCACCAGCAGUGCCACCGCCGCCAUGCUGUUCACAGCGCCGCCGCCAGCGGUGGGCGGCGGCGGCGGCGCGGCAGCGGCGAUGCGUGGCGGCAGCGGCAGCGGCGGCGUCAUGAGCGGCCGCAGUGAUGGCGGCGGCGCUACGGUACUGGCACCAGCAGGGCAACAGAUUCAGCACGGCGGCGGAUACUUUGGUGGCGGCAGCCAGCAGCAAUACCUUGAUCAGCCACAGCAGCUGCAGACGCAACAGCCGCAGCAGCCGCAGCAGCCACAACAGACAGCGGCUGCUGAUCCGACCGCUGCUGCCUUUGCGGCUUAUGUUGACAGCUACGACGGGGCUACUGCUGCUGCGGGUGUGGCGGCGGUGGGCGUGGCGGCGGGGCCCGGCGGCUUGCCGGCCGCCGCCGAGGAGGCGCGUCAGAAGCUGCAGGUCACACUGGAGGUGCCGGAGAAUCGCGUUGGUGUGCUGAUCGGCCCCGCGGGUCAGACACACAACGCAUUAGAGCACCUGCUGCGCGUGUCAAUGCACAUCCCCCGCCGCGACCCUACCGCGCCGCCUGACACGCCUCGCCGCGUCAUCAUCACCGGUGAGCGACAAUGCGUCAUCACCGCGCACAGCGUCAUCCUGCAACGACUGGGUAGCGCCAUCAUCCGCUCUACCUUUGGCGGCGGCGCAGCAGCAGGCGGUGCAGCAGCAGGCGGUACAGGCGGCGGUGCAGCAGCAGGCGGUGCAGGCGGCGGUGCAGCAGCAGGCGGUGCAGCAGCAGGCGGCGGUGCAGCAGCAGGCGGUGGCGGCGGCGGUGCAGGCGGCGGUGGCGGCGGUGCAGGUGGCGGUGGCGGCGGUAGCGCUGGCGGCGGUGCAGCAGCGGGCAGUGGAAGCGGAGGCAGAACCGCCCGCCGCAGCGCUGCUGGCGUUGCUGGCGGAGCCGACAGCAGCAGUGCUGCGCCUUCCGUUGCUGCCUCGGCAGCGGUCGGCGCGGGAUUGAGGGGUGCGGACGCCGGCGGCGGUGAGGAGGCCGGCGGCGGGGCGGCCGCUGCUGCUGCUGCUGGCGGCGGGAUGGCAACAGCCGCAGUAGCGUCGGGCGGCAGUGGAGGCGACAGGGGCUCCGCAUGCGGCGGCAGCGGCCCAGCAGCACUCCAGCCGCCUUUCACUCAGCAGCAGCUGCAGCAGCAGCAGGAGGCAUCUGCUUCAGCUGUUCAGGCGGCGCAGGCGCAAGCUGCAGAAGCGGUGGCCAUGGGCACCCCAGCCACGGGCUCCCCAGCUGCAGCAGCACCAGCAUACCCCUCUGGAGCGGAGUGGCCCUCACCGGGGCUUCACACCAGCAGCUAGCUAGGACACACAGCGGUGUGUGUCUCAUCAAUCACGUAAGGCCAGCUCAUCACUCACUGCUGCACGUAGUUCAUUCAGCUAGCAUACCGCGAAUAGAUAGCGCACCUUCAGCAAUCAACCAGCAAUCAAUCAACUCAGGAAGCUAAGGACGCAAUCAAGCAACAGACAUACGGCAAUCACUCAAUCAAUCAAGCAUCCCAGCAUGCAACCGGCGGCGGCGGCUUGGAGAAGCAAAGUAUGCAGCAGCACAUGGCUGCUAGGCAAUGAGGGAGGGGUGCGCAGGCUUUGCAUCCGUUGAGCGGUGCAUGCGUGCAGCAGCACGCACGCGGCAGGUGCGGUAGACGACACACAGCAAUCGAUCGCGCCGCCAAGCAUGCACCGACAAACAAAUAAUGCAGCAGCUUAUAUCUCCGAGGUCAUUUGACCUCGGAGCUAUAUUAAAUGGUGCAUGCACUUGCUUUGCUUGGCAGCCUUGCUUGCAUGCGUGGGCGCUCGGUUUGAUUGCUCGGCUGUUGGGAUCUUGAAUUCGACCAUGGUGGUGCACCACGUGGUUGGAUGGGGUCUUCCUUACUCAUGGAGUUGACUUGAUGUGUGACGAAAGGCUGCCUCAUCAGCCGCUGCUGGCAUCAAUCACUGCGUGCCGCCGGCAGCAGCAAGCGGCCGCGGUGAAUGGAGGUGGUCGCUCGGUGCUGCUUGAUCUGCGGGCUACUCGCCUCCUUGCUUACUUGGCGACGCUGACACGGAAUGGAAGAUGCAUGUGGCGGCGUGCGGCAUGAGGCUGCGCCGUCAAGCAGCGGUGGUGGUGGUGGGUGGCGUCAGGCAAACAGCAGGCACGCACACCAGCUGCAGGAUCUCUCGAUGGCGCCGCACACAUUAACCGCGGUGGCAUUCUGGCUGCGCACCACACCAUGCGCGUGUGUUGCAUGUAUGAUGAUAACUACGUUUUCACCUUCUCACUUUGUAUCUUUACAGGGCGCUUGGUUCGCCUGGUUGUUGUGUGUCAUCAUGCAUCUCAUCAUGCAUCUCAUCGCAAUGUAUUAUCACAUACGAACGAAUGAACGCAGCACUGCUUGGUUUCCUCAUUUUCAUUUGUCACGAAUCAUGGGAAGUAAAGACAAUGGCAUGCCCCUUGGGCCUUACGGAUGGCUGUCACGCUAUCCGGCCAAGCAAUGGGGCCCGACACAAAUGUUAGUUGUGUCGUCACGUCUAUCUAUCUGUGCAUGGAUUGACGUGCGUGCCUCCCGCCGCUUCCUGCAUGCUGUCAGGUGCACUCGGCAGAUAUGCACCUACCUAUGCCAGUAAUACUCGGAUGGCUGGCCUUCGGUCUACGUACGUACUCUGUGCUGUUGGAGCGGGAGGGUGUUGGUGGGGUUUCAAAAAUGUGUAUGUGUGUAUGGCCGGUGCGUGGCUAUAUAUGCAUGGCGCGCAUCGUAUUGUGUAGCUUGUCCGAGCAGGCAUGCACUCAAAACAUGCGCGCGGUGUGUGUUUAUGCCGUGGUGCGCGGGUUGCUUGGUUGCUUGAGCGAGCACAGAGUAGGGAGCUUUGACAGGGACAGGGAAUGAAGCACCUGCCUUCUCGUGAAGGGACCUUAUAUCUUAUUUGGUUGUCGCACGGACGUGAGAAAAGAAGUCAUCGCUUGUACAGGCCACCCCGGUUGUAUCUGCUGAGGGCUAGGCAAAGGCACUCAAUUGAAUAAUUGCAUCGGCCGCAGUUGUGGCGUUCUGUCUUACACCCGCUGUCUGUGUGGACACAAAACACAGCCCAUCUAUCUCAGUCGCACAUUGAUACUGAUUACUACUGUUGCCAGCAGGUUGCGCGUACGGCGUUUGCUGCAUGCUGCAGGGUCAUCGUGUGCCCGCUGCCACAUGUUGCUGCUAUUAUUGCGGCGGCGAUUUAACUGCUUGAGUGAUGUAUGUGUGACUACUUUGGCUCCGGCAUCGCCGCGCAUUGCGGGCAGUGCUGAACGCGAGCGAGAGCUAGCGGGACAUGCUCAGUAGCUAGCUAGCCGGCACAGUGUGCGCAAGAUAGAGCCUUGUCAUGCGUGAGGUAGGGUUGGAGCGUGCCCGGUACCAAGAUGCCUGCCUUCCAAUCAAUCAAACGCCUUGCGCCUGCGAGCGAGGACGGUAUCCGCAAUGUGGACGGGUCUAUGCCACGCACCUACGGUACCUUGCUUAGUUAUUGUAUGACGAGCUGAUGAUGACAAAGGAGGUGCUGCUGCUGACGAUGAUGAUGGCUGUAGGCGAGCCUACUUGCCACGUCGGUUGUUAAGUGUCAUGUGCACACGCGGUGCAUGUGUGAAGUGCAUAACAAGCUAAUACGGUAUGCUGUCGCUGAUGAUGCUGCAGGUGCUGGUUGGUGUGCGUAUGGCGCUUUGCAUGGCGCUUUGGGAACAAGCAACGAAUGAUGCGCAUUUCUUGUCCAGUCAUCCUGGUUGACUGGUAGAACGUACGGGCCAACAUGCAUGGUAGCAUUCCGACGACAAGUUGGGUUGUUGCCAUGAACGAGAGUAUGCUAUCAUGCGGGAUUUGGCUUGGCGCGGGUACUGCUGCUGCAGGCAUGGCAUGGGGGCGUUCUUAGCGAGCGAGCUGAGCUGGGAAACGUACGGGUAGUUGCAAGCAGAGGAGGUGUAUGCUGAUGACGCGGCGCACGAGGUGCCGUGCAUGUGGCAU